CAACGCGCAUGCGUUCCUGAGAGCCAGGCAAAGGACGAUUUUUAAGCCCUCUCGGCAUCCUUACAUUGCGGGGCGGCUGUGUGGAGGUGUGGGCGACAUCCGGCUCCUGCCGGAAGCUGGAAAAGGAGGAGUGUAUCCUGUACUUUACUUUCUUGGGGACUCUGAAUCCAGUCUAAGUUCUUGAGCUUAAUCAGACACAAUGGAGGCACCUCCCGUCACCAUGAUGCCUGUCACUGGGGGCACCAUUAACAUGAUGGAGUACCUGCUGCAGGGAAGUGUUUUAGAUCACAGCUUGGAAAGCCUUAUCCAUCGCCUUCGUGGUUUGUGUGACAACAUGGAACUUGAGACUUUCCUUGAUCAUGAGAUGGUAUUCCUCCUUAAAGGCCAGCAGGCCAGUCCCUUUGUUCUAAGGGCCCGGCGCUCUAUGGAUAGGGCAGGAGCACCGUGGCAUCUGCGCUACCUGGGACAGCCUGAGGUGGGAGACAAGAACCGUCACGCCCUGGUGCGAAACUGCGUGGACAUUGCAACAUCUGAGAACCUCACCGACUUCCUGAUGGAAAUGGGCUUCCGCAUGGACCACGAGUUCGUAGCUAAGGGACACUUGUUCCGUAAGGGCAUCAUGAAGAUUAUGGUGUACAAAAUCUACCGUAUCCUGGUGCCGGGGAACACAGAGAGCAUUGAGGCCUUGUCACUCUCCUACCUUGUGGAACUAAGUGUUGUUGCCCCAGCUGGGCAGGACAUGGUCUCUGAUGACAUGAGGAACUUUGCAGAGCAGCUGAAACCUCUAGUUCACCUAGAGAAAAUAGACCCUAAACGGCUCAUGUGACUGAGACAGUCUGUCCACGUUGGGACUUGUCUUCACCUGUUACAAAGAAGACAUUGUACAUGCCCCAUUUCAGCACUGCCAGCCAGGCUUUCUUCCCUUAGGAAGGAGGGUAGUAAAACCUUAAUUGGUUCUUUGUUCUUUUCUGUUUUCCUCAUGUGACACGUUCACUUUUGUGACAGCCUUUCUAAAUUAAAGGCUCAGGAAAACAUGGAGAAUCUACUUAAUUCUUCUGCACAAAAAGGGGAAAUGGGUAUAAAUGAGCUUUUAGAAAGAAAAAUCUCUUACUUGUUUUGCCAUUUGUGUACAAGGUUUGUAAAAUAAGACUGAGCUCAUGCUGUGUGGUAGUAAAGGCUAUGAAGGGAAAUGUCUGUGUUUCUGAUGCUACCCCAUUACUCUGCUAAUUUGGAAUUCAUUCAUUACCCAUUAGAACAAAAAGAAAAAACGACAGGCUUUGGUUUUAGUUUUGGUAGAGAUGGUAGUUUUUACCUCAUAAAAGCAACAUGUGUGUGUUGUUGGAAAUUCAAAUACAAAAGUAAGAAAAAUAACCUGUAAUCCUAUUAUUCAAAGAAAUGUACUAUUUCUAUUUUGGUCUGUGUCCUCCUGGUCUUUAUUUUUGUACAUUUAUGUAUAUGAGAUAUACUUAUUUUAUAA